UCUUUUCAGAGCGGACUAGCUCCGCUCGCGUGCUUUCUCCAUGGAGGAUAAGGAACGCUAGCAAGUUAUUUAAUAACUUUACAGGAAAAGGACAAGAUUGAGAAAAAAUUUCCUAGGUAUCCAGCAAAGUUCAGCAAUGCAGUAAGAAUGGACCAGGUGGAACAUUGCGGAAAUUGGGUUGGGAAAUUGGGUAAAAGGAAUCUAAAUCUGGAAAAUUUUCUCAGAAAGUUGAGCACUGAUGCAGGAUUUCCAAGAUAUUACGAGUCAUGUGCCCUUGAAAGGAAGGGUGUCCUUACCCUUCGCCAGGUCGUGGUGACGGAUACUGCUCUUAUUUUUACUGAAAAUGUGCCAAAAACUGUGCUCCUCUCCAUUCCCCUGGCAAACAUAAGGGGGAUUGAAAUGGUGGCGGAUCGCAAAGCUUUAUUAAACGGAGGAAAAAUGCAGCAGUGUAUUUGCCAACAUGUCCAAGUGCACAGCGUGCCAACAAAUAAUACCUCAACAGCAUCGACAAAAGCAUCCUCACGGUCAGAGGAAGUGUCAUCGCGUAAUGGGACGACGACGAAUAGUGGGCGAAUUUCCGCCACCUCCACCACGCUCACCUUGGUCGGCUCUUCUCUAAAUCCAGACUCGGAUUCCAGCUUCACCGACUUUUCACGCCAAUCAAGCCGCAUGGAAGGCUCUGUCAGCCUUUCUCCCGGUUUGAUGCAGGCCUACGAGCCUCCCGUGUUUCCCAUUCUGCCCCCACUCCUUCUCGAACAAGAGAGGAGGAGGAGACACGAAGUGACAACGGGGUCGACAUCCUCCUCGUCACCGUUCACCACGCACCUUGGAGGUCGUCCAGGUCGGAGGUCAACCACAAAAGCGUCCUCACAACAAAGUGACACCCGGAAGGGGAACCAACCGGUUUGGAGUGAAAGUAAGUCAGCCUCCGACCUUGAUGGCGGGAUCACGACGGGAAGGAGGAGAGGUGGUGGCGAGAAAGCGAUGUCAAGAUCAUUAUUUCCAUCAUCAAGAUCUCCACUUAACUCUUGGACUGGCUCUUCUGAAGAGAAAGUUAAGGAAAGGGCUCCGCGACGCCCUCGAUCUCUCGACAUGAGUCAACUGUCAAAACUGAGGCAUAGAAUGUUGGGUUUGGUAUUUGGUGACGAUGAUGACGAGGAAAAAGAGAGGUUAAGUUAUAAAUCACCACCUCCACCACCAAGUCUGGUCAUUAGCCCAGUGACCGAUCAAGGCGUUGUUACCGUCGACUUUUACCUGUACCGCCCCAACUCAGUUUUGCUCAACGAACUGUUCCUCUUUUGGAAUAGGAACCGAUUGAAGACGCUCUUGCAAGAGGACAUGGACAUUGGGGAAGACCACCAUCGCCGCUAUGGGUUGCGUGUCACGGAGAAAGUUUUCUCCAAAUUGCCCCAUUUAUUGAGCAAUACUGCCAAUCCUACCAUCAGCAGCAGUAGAAGAAAUGUGCUGACGUUUCAUGAUGUGCUCCCCAAACUUGGAACACUGCACAGAACCCUAAUGAAAUAUGAACAGUUGUCCCGGAUGUUGUGGAAGGAUUGGGCAAUGGUAAUGCAAUUACUGAAACUCUUGGAAACGUACACUUUUUACUCAGACAUGGAGGAAGACGAGGAUGUGGACUACUUUGUGGAUCGAUUAUCAUCCAUAACCGUCCUCAUGGAUAUAUUUCGUCUCCUUCUCGAAGCCACCGGUCCUUCCUGGUUUCUCGAGAGGACCACAAACAGCAACAGCAAUAAUAACAAUUUUGCGUACAAAAACAAUAACUACAUCUCCACCAAGGGGGAAGCAUCAUCAUUUACUCAUCAGAACGAAGGUGAAAGGUCACCCACCACCAUGCACGACAUUACCUUCACUUUGACCCGGGUCGUGUUCCGAAGCCCCCUCUCCAUCCUGCCGCCUAAUGCCACAGGGAGGAGAAAAGUGGUGAAAGAGGUAGUUUGUAACCCACGGAAGUUCGCAGAGGGCCAGUGGCUGUCUGGAUGUGACACCAAGGCAAUAAAAGCAGUGAGCAUGGUUCAUAACUCGUCCGUCGCCCUUCUUCACGAAAUCCUCUCCACGGUGCAUUUUUCAUCCAAGGAUAAGGAGCGGGCCAAGUUCAUGUCUUGUCUUCAAAGCUGUUCACUGGAGUCCUAUUUGCUUCUGAGCAUGACCCAAUUAUUAAAUCUCCUCUGGGACAACGGUGUCCAGUUGGGGGCAUCACAAACCGUUAUGUUGUUUCGUCAUGUCUCCAUCGCUCAAACACUGAUGGUAUCGGUCCCCUCAACGUUGGAACAUCUUCGCUACAACUUUUGCGAAGAGUUUCGAUACUUUGUUCAUGAAGAAAGUGCCAAUAAGAAAAUCCCGGAUCGAUACCCCCUCAAACCAACUCUGUUGAGAAUGUGUGAGCACCUACGUCAAGAAAUUAUUGAUAAGUGAAUGCGAAUUCCCUUCUCACGUUCCCUUCUCAACCUCCACCACCUAAGGAGACACUUGUCUGGUUUAUGCAUGCAUGUGUUGGAAGUGCCGCAUGAAAACCUUUUACAUAAACUGCUUACAGGAAAGCGGAAGAUGUGGCGUGCAAAAUUACUUUGCUUAGGUGUCAUUUCGCUAUUUUAUACAACAAACUAUUGUAUGCACGCAGUGAAUCAAUCAAUCAAUAAAUGUACCUGAAAAAUUUCAAGUUCAAACUCGUAAGCAAUAGAAAGAUAUUCUUCAACUUGGCGAGAAUAGUCGUGAUAAGCUUCUUGUUGAAAAUUUUCAAUAAAUAUGUUCUGGUUGUGCUCAUUGUUAUCAGAAAUCGUUAGGUUUACAGCACCUUGUAAAAUUAAAUACAUUUGAUAAUUAAAAAUAUAUACAUUUGUAAAA